GGACAUAAGGACGCGUCUCAAAAUGGCAGCGAACAGCAGCGCGGUGUUCUGUUAGGGUGGUAGUUCUGUGGUUACGUUUCAGUGUAGUUACGUUCUGUGAGCAGUUACGUUGCGCGAAAAGUGUGAGCAAGAAUCAUGAACCCAUACAUUGCAGACAUAGGGAUAAAUUUGGACGCUGUGAACUCUGGCCUGAGGGCCGUGAAGGCCCUUCGAUGCACUGUCGGAGAAGUGUUUCGUACUUUGACGGAUGGCGUUCCGUGUUCACAGGGUGACGAAAACAAAGAGAAGAAUUUUAUUCUCGAAUUACAAGGAACACUAGGGGCAGUUAUCUCUCGCAUAAGAGAGUUGGAGACCGCAGUUACGCUGCUUGGUUCUCCUAUUGCACCACUGAACCUUGGAAGCACUGGCCACUUGUGUCAAGAUCCCACUUUGGACAGGACAUCCUUGUAUACAGACAUGAUUAAGUCAUAUCGGUGGUUUGACAAGGUCCAUGAGCACACAAGUCAUGCAUCAGCCAUUUUAACUCAGAAUGGAUUGAAGAGAUCUAACAGCUCAUUGUUUCCACCAAAACGAUUACGAAGACCGCAUAGCAACGGCCACAACUUCUCUCCUCAAAAUGUGGAUGCAUUUAUCAGCAGUGUACAAAGGCAAUUUGUUGACAUGUCAAUUGAGAUUCUGAGGCCGUGUGGAAACUCUGCUGUGCUAAAGAUUACACUGAGCCGGACCUUGAGAGCACUGGUGUGUCUUCGUGGCCUGAUCAUAGAAUGGGUGCUGGUGAAGGCAUUUAAUGAAGACUUUUAUACAGAUGAUGACCAGCUCGACAUGUGGUCGAAGUCUCGGUACCAGGUGUUUCAAAAGGUGACAGAUCAUGCCAAUGCAGCAAUGCUUCAUUUCUUUUCUCCACAACUUCCUGACUUGGCUGUUAAAUCAUUCCUGACGUGGCUCCACAGUUACCUGCACCUGUUCUCAGCGCCAUGUCGGAGGUGUGGCACACGACUCCAGCACAACAUGCCACCAACAUGGAGGGACCUACGCAAUUUGGAUGUGUACCACGAAACCUGCAGGCCGUGAGCAUUCCUUUGGACCACGUCAUGUCUUGAUUGUUCAUCUGAAUCGAGUUGGCUGCUUUAGUUCAGCUUUGCCAGAAGAUUAAGCAUGUGCUGAGCACUUGUUAAAUUCAACCACAUUGAGACAACUUGCCAUUGCUGAUCCAUCGGAUCAUCUCUUUGUACAUGUAAUAAAGAACUUGCACACACGUGUGCGCACGUGUCCUUAUGA